AUGGGCAUGCUCGGGGUCUGCCGCAAGGUCUGGGCCACCGAAGGAAUCCGCGGCUUUUUCCGAGGAGUGGUGCCACCGCUCAUGGGUAGCUCCGUGUAUCGAUCUGCCCAGUUCGCUGUUUUCGAGGCCGUGUACACACGUGAGAAGGAGCUGGGCUGGGAUGAGUUUCGACUCCCGGGCACCGGCGGCCUUGCAGCGGCAACAGUCUUUGCCGGCGUUUGUGGCUCCUCGGCACGCGCUGUGAUCGAGUCGCCCAUAGAAUAUGCCAAGGUGAAGCGGCAGACUGGCCAGACUUGGCAUUUGAACGAGGUUUACCAGGGCUUCUUCAUGCAGCUGCCUCGAACAGUCGGAAUGAUGACCCUCAUCUUCUGCGGGGUAGACAGCGUCCGGCGCUGGAGUGAUGGCGAAGCCUUGAAGAGACCCCACUGGCAGUUUCUCUCCUGGGGCGGUGUAUCGAUGCUCAGCUUCUGGGCCAUCUGGCCGCUGGAGACGCUCAAGAACCAGGUGCAAGCAGGUACGGUCAUUGAGGGCAUUGCAGCUCCAACCAUCCGGCAACGCGUAGCACACCUGGGCGGACCUCUGGGCCUCUAUCGAGGCAUUCUCCCAGGAUCCGUGAGCGUCUUCCUCCGGAAUGGAACGGCUGCCGUCGUGAUGUCCUUUGCUCAGCGCAAGCUGACCGAGCUGGGUCUUCGCUGA